AUUGUUCUCGUGUUAACUUGUACAUAAUGUUGUAAAUUACUGUUCUUAUUGAAUUGGAGUUAAGCGUUCAAUUUUGUUUCAGUUUUUUGUAGAUAGAUCUACUGUUUCAAACCAACGCUAUCAAAUGUAUGAAACCUGCUCAAAAAUGGUAGGUAAAUUAAAUAUUAUUUUUGGGCCUUAAAUAAUUGGAGACAUUAAGAUUUUAUUUAGAAUUCUGAUAAAAAUUGAACUAUUUCUGUCACUUUCAAUCAGAAGUAGGCCUAUCUAUCAAUCAUAAUCACAGUAUCUCCUAAUGCGUAGGUCAUAGACCAAACGAUGGUAUAUGCCAAGUGGACAGAUUGAUUUGGAGGCUGUUAGGCCUAUACUAUAUAAGACUUUAUUUAUUUAUAGUAGGGCGUAGGGGCUUCAAUUACUAAGCUAAAAAUUAUUUAUUACCAAUUAUUUGAAUUAUCCGGGACCAGUGUUUUAUAACCAAAAAGAAAAAAAAAAAUAUGGUUUCUACACGGUUUACGCCCAGUAGCCGUAAUCAGUUCUCCAAGUCAGUAAGUAGGGCGUAAACCGAAAAGUCAUAAGAGUAAUAAAACUCAAGAAAGAUAGAUAAAAGAUGGUCUUUGACAUAAACUACAACUACAGGAUAUCCAUUUUCAAAACAAAAAAAGAGGGGCUGAUAUGUCCAAAUUAGCCCAAAUGAAAAUUAGGUAAGUGUUAGAGCCUGGAGCAGUUAUGGUUGUGUUCAGAAGUGUCAAUGAUUCAAUCCCCUCUCAAUCCCUUUGAUUUCAAUCCUUAUUAAAUUUGCCUUUAUAAAUUUUUAGAUAUAUUUAAUUAAAGAUGCACAUUAACAAUUAUAUAGGCUAAUAUAAUAAUAAUAUAAUGAGUAUAUUUAUAAUUUAUAGACUAUAUAGGCAUAGGAUAGAUGAGUAUAUCCAUUUGAUGCCAUGUCUUUGCACUUGUCUUUUGGAUGCAAGCUCAAAUCAGACAUUUUAAAAAUUAUUUUAGUUAAAAUCAUUUUAAUUAAUUUCUUUAAUGGUCUCCAAAAAUACUAUCCUGAAAUAAGUGAAUACAGUUUAUAUGUUACAAGGACAAGGGUGUCAGUGUCAGUUGGGUAGCGGGGCUAGGGAUGAUGGCUUAAUGAAAUUUGAGAACCACUGGUUUGUAUUCUUGGGUUGUACUAAUUUAUUUAGCAAAUUCUUUGUUGGUGGGAGUGUAAUUUACUAUUACGUGUCUUGUCAUUUAUUUUUGUGCAGAUGUUUUAGAAGUAGAAGUCUUGCUCAUUUCAUAUUCACUGUUUGGUCCAAAUGUGUGGGUCCUCUCAAAGCCCCUUUCACAAUAGCAGAGCUGGGAAUAGAACUCCGUCAAUUCAUGCCGGAGAAAACUAGGAAAAGGACAGGAUCUGAAUGAAAUAACUCGGUGAAGUGAAGCAACUUGGACAACAGUCAGCUUGGCAAAGGGCUAUGAUUUUUAUUUCCUAAUCCCUCAUGAGGGAAAGAAACUAUGAUCCAUCUACAAAACAUUUAUCCUAAAAUUGGAUUUUUAAGGAAGAUGAAAAAAACUGAUUAUACUAGUACUUAGAACAUGCCAGAAGUUGUGUUGUUUUGACCUAACCAUAAAUGACUAGCUCCAAAAAAAAAGGGCUUGUAUUUAUUUUUCAACCUUACAGAUGCACUUGCUGCUCCAACAAAAUCUGAAUCUAUUUGGUCCUUUCCAUAAUUUCUGACAUAUGGUGUCAAUACUGCCAAUUUGUUAAAGAUCAGAAAAUGUAGCUGCACAACCAUGUUUGGGAACUCAUGCUCAAGUUACUUAUAGAGUCUGAGUCUGGAUAAAGAAAAUUAACUACAAACAGCACAGACUCAAGAUUAAACAGACUGAGGGGAGCUGCUGUAGAAAUUUUGGCAGUCUGUCAUGAAUCAGCUAAGGAAAAGCAAACCUGAAAAUGAUAGAAUUGCUCAGAAUGGAAUACACAGCACCAUGUCUUCAGUUACAACAUAGCUGAGUUAUGCUUUUAUCCUUCAUCCCAGUAAUACAUGAAUUAAGUAAUCUGUUGUAAAAUGACAACAUGGACUUGAUGGAUAGCCCCAAAGGUCAACACCUUUGCGCUGGGCAAACAUGUGCACUGCAUGGAGAAAAAUCAAACUUUUGCAUAGUUUGUGUCUACUACUGAAGAAAUAUUAUUGAUUGUAAUGGCAUAUUUAUAAACAGAAUAUUUUAUUUGAAUUUAUAAGAGGAAUAUAUAAGUUUUAGAGUGGGGAUGUUUUUUUUUGUUGCAAACAUAUCUCUUUACAGUGUACUCCCAACUUUUCAGCAGUGGAAGGUCAGAUUGACAUAUUUAAAAAUAAUUAUGGAUUUUAAAAAGAAUGGUAUCAUUUUAAAAAAUAUCAAAAUAAUUUAUUAGAUCAGCUUAACAUUUUUAUUUUUGACAACACCUUGCAAAGAAAAACUCAUUUUUUAAAUAAACCAUUCCAAAAAGCCUAGUUGAAAACCACUGCCCUACACUUAGUAAUAUUAAUUUUAAUAGAAAGACAAUAUCAGUAAUAUUAAUUUUAACAGAAAGACAAUAUCUUUAAAUACCAGAAAGGUGCACACGUUAUUUUUGGCAUUGGUUUGAUGGUUUGAAACGGCAAAUGUACAGGAAGUUGUGUACAUAUUUUACUUUUUAUCUGAGGCUAUGGGAAAUAUAUAUUGUUUUAAUGUUUUUAUUAAUUUAAAAGCUUUUCGGAUGUCUUUACAAUACAAAAUUUAUGACUGAAAACAGCAUUUAAUUAACAAAUGUUUUUUUUUUAAAAAGUCAUCAGCUGAUGUAUCACCUGUUACAACACCUAGUUCAACACCUCUAAGUGGAGGACAUCCUCCAAAAUUUGGGACAGUUAUACCAAGCAGAAUCUUUGUUGGUGGAAUUGCAGCAAAUGUAAGAAACUUUUUUGAUUACUUUUCCCAAAUAAAAAAAUUGAAGAAAUCCCACUGGUUUUUGAAUGAGUUCUGUUUUAAAGUUUGUAAAUAUAAGGAAAUUGGAAUGUUAGUUAAAAUUAGUUGCAAUUCAUAAUUUUUCAUAUCAUUGGUCUAUCAGGGUUUCCCAACCAUUUAAAAAAAUCUGUACGCCCUUCAAAUUAAGUCUUGCACCCCUUACAAAAGUAGCAUAUAAUAACUUAAAAUUCAAAAGCUCCUCUGUUCUUGUAAUAACUUUUCCAGGAACCCCCUGAAAUGCAUCCCAGGUUGGAAAUCCCUGUACCAAAUUAAAUUUGAAAAAAUAUGCUGAAAACAUUUUGGAAAUUAACUGUUAUUAUUUAUUAUACAGACUACUGAUGCAGAGCUGAAACAAUACUUUUCUGCAUUUGGAGCUGUAAAAGACACAAAAAUCAUUACUGACAGAGCUGGAGUUUCUAAAGGGUGCGUGAGAAAAAAAAUUUUUUUUUUAGUUUUAUUGUUUUUUAGUGUUUACUUAUUAGCAGACCUGUUAACUCUUAUGAUUUUGGCGUACAAUGUACAGACCAGUUUACCCUCAAACUCUUAAAAUCGUACAAUAUCAUGACAAAAUCGUUGAAUACAUCAUCUUAAUAGUAAAAAAUAAAUAUACAGUAUAUAUAAUGUAUACGCCUCAAAAUCGUACAUUGUAUGCCAAAAUCGUAAGAGUAAACAGGUCUGAAUGUACGAUUUUUAAGUAUUUUACACCAUUGUACGCCAAGACUCGCCAAAACUAAGAUUUUCAGAGACACGAUAAAAUAUCUUUUUUUUUUUUUCGAUUUAAAAAAAAUUAAAUACAUUUUCGGUUGUAGUAUUUUCUAAUAAAGAUCUGGCAGUGAACGGACCAAGAAAAACAAUUCUUUGUAUUUAUUUUAAAGUUGGGACAAUACUUCCUUAUUAACUACGCAAUGAUAGGGGAGGUAGGGGCUGUUGAUUAAGGAGAUUUGUGGCAUACCGGGUGCAUGGGUAGGGAUAUUGGUGGGAGUGUCAAAGGCAUAAAAAAUAUCACUGUAAAGAAUUGUAUUGAUGGUGAUGAUUGUCAGAUUGUUGCUUUGUGUGUCACAGUAAACUAACUAGUAGGGGUGUGCUGGAAUCCGGUUCCGCCGGAUUUUGCACUAUCCGGUGAAAUCCGGUUCCGCCGGAUUUACAUGUAUCCGAAACAACCGGACUAUACCGGAUUUCGGAAUUUGCCAGAUUUUGUGACUCACCGGAUCAUAAUCUGAAAUAAAAGUAAUUCUCUUUCCCGAAUUCCACACGAUCACGAUACAUUAAUCGAUUGUUUCGAGCGUUGAGCUUGUUUAAUGUUUAAUAUUCCGAACAAACCAGAGGCUAGAGUCAGCACCGCUAAUAGUGGCCAAUCGGCCCAAUCCCAUACAUGAUAGUGCAGGAUGAGUAAUUAUUAUUCGUGACGUCAUCUUAAUCGCAAUCACCAAUGAUGUUGUAACAGAAAUAAGAAGCAACUAUACUACCCAAGCGCCUGGCCGCCAGCCCGCCACCUUACCGAGCACGGCAGAUGACCAUCAAAUUGCGUCAAACCAGCAGGCCUGUGCUGACCUAGCCUAUCUAUGAAUACUUUUAGGGACACAGACUGAUCGACCUGACGUCAGUCUGCUUAGCAAUUAGUCAUUGGUGCAGAGAUAUAGAUUACCCGUACUGCCCUGCGGAGCUGUCUCCUCACCAAGCAUAAUAAUAAUAACAACAACAUAGAAACUUAUUAUGCGCCAAAUUACAGUGAAACAAUUACGUGAUCUCCAAAGAGGUAUAAAUUUAUACUAGAGUGCUCGUGUAAACAAAAAAAGUGAUAGCAUUGCACUAUCUCUGAUUGGCUGGUCGGUUACCACUUGAUUACCUAACGCGAUAGAAAUUUAUCUCGGUUUUUAAAAUUUACCGUAAUUUUAAUUCAUAUUUUGAUUUAUAUUAUCUUUCACUCAAUUGUUAAAAAUGCGUAUCAUUUUUGAGUAAAAAUUACUUCACUUCCAACUUACAAUCAGCUGCAAAGUACCAAAAUCCGAAAUCCAGGAGAAACCCCUACUAACUAGUGCGUCAACAGUAAUAUUUAAACUAGUCCCUCUAGCAACCACUUCACUCACCAUCCCCUUGGACUGCUACCAAGCGUCUGAACCCGUGGAUUGGGAAAAUGGAGAAAACUAAAGAUUUAAGGUCUAAUCGGCGGAAUUUUAAAAAAUAUUUUUAGAACUCGCAAAGCAGCUCUAUCCCCUCAAUGAUUUUAUUUUAACACAGCAGUUUGGUAUCACUACUUCUUCUAUAUCUUAAGGGCCCACAAUCAAUGUAUUGAUCAUUUUGGCUCCUAUGCAUGUAGAUGGGAUUUGCAAUGUUUCUGUUCCUGGUGUUGAUGAGGAAAUUUCACUGAUUUCCAGUGACACUUUGUGAGGGAAUCAUGCACUAGGGGUUUGAAGGCUUGAGGCAAUAGACACAAAUGUGUCUAGUGUUGUCGCCUCAACCGUUCCUUUUGAAAGCUUGUUCCAGUCCCUGAUUGUCUUGGGCAGGAAUGAGCAGCUCCUAUACUGGCUUCUUGCUGGUGUGAGCCUGAAUUGCCUGUCAUGGCCUCGUCGCCGUUUAUGGGGGAGACGGACGAGUUUCUGUUUAAUACUGGAACAGUGGACCAGCCCAUUAUUUAUCUUGUACAUCAUGGAGAGCCUGGAUUGUCGUUCCUCCAAUGGUGACCAGCCUAGUGUUUCAUGCAUGCUGCCAACACAAGAAAUAUUCCUGUAGCGGUUUAGGACAAAGCAUGCUGCUCGUCACUGGACCGCCUCCAACCUGUCAACGCUCUUCUGGGUACAUGGGUCCCAAACUGAAGAUGCAUAAUCUAAAACCAGACGGACAAAGGCUUUAUAUGCUCUUUCUUUCACACAGGAGUUGCCAAUCUUUAGAUUUCGCCUUAAGAACCCCAGGCUCUUGUUUGCUUGGUUACAUGUGUAUGUAGAAUUUAUGCAUACUCCUAUCACCCCCACCCAAUGUUCCCUCUAAGGUUUGUUUGUUUGUGUGCAAAAUUUUACAGUCCACAAACACUCACUUACAUGGAAAUUUGCUGCACAGCGUCUGUGAGAUAGCUUCGCGGCCGCGCAGCUUAAAGCGCGCAGCUUAAAGGGAACAUUGCCCCCCAACUCCACUUUUUUUAUACAGCUUGUGGUGUUAAUAGUCUAUAGUAUGUUAACAGAAAAAAAAUCAGGCGAUAUUGAAUAGGCGACGGCACAAAUUUUUUCCUAUUGACUGUUGGGAAGGUUGGCUCCUCACCAGCACGGAAAGACGUAUUAGUGGACUAGUGUGUUGUCACUAUGUCGUGUUAAAUAUUACUAUUAAGCGACCUCUUUAUGAAAACACAAAACAUUAGUAUACGAUAACUGCCAAACAUUGUGGUGAUAUUUAAAAAAAAAUAAUAGGACUUAUUAGAAUUCGUGGAUUUCAUCGACCUGCAGGUGACAGUUGGCUCUAUAAAAGACUGUCAGGAUAAUUAAUUUGCAUGGCCCUUUACGAUGACAAGGUGUAGCUGGGGGAAGGGGUAUGAAUAUUUGUUAACUUAAAUUUUAAAAAAAAUGUUAUAUAUGGAUGGGGGGGGGGGGGGGGGUUUUGGUGUUUUUUUAAAAAAAAAAGACUCCUAUAUAGAUAGCCCCCUGAGCCUCUAUAUAAUUCUGUGAAUCAAAUUUGUUUUUUCUUCAGUUAUGGAUUUGUUACAUUUGAGAGUCAAGAAGAUGCAGACAGAAUAAUCAAAAAGGAGGUAAAUAUUAGAUAACAAAUUGAAUAUAAUUAUAUCAACCAUAUUUAUUUUAAAAAUUUUUUUAUUUUAGCCAUCAAAUUUAACCUACUUUUGAUGUAACGCUCUAAUGCCUAACCAAAGGCCAAUAACUGCAUUUAUGAAUGUUUGUUAAACAAAUAAGAUUUAAAGAAUUUCUAUUAGUUAUAAAGAAUAAAAUGAAAUAAUCAUGAUUUGAAAUGUGUAUUGAUUAACCUUUCAUCGCUUGCACCUGACGACAUCAGGGUCACCGCUCUCCUAUAAACAUGAACUAUAGGUUUUAAUCUAUUUGUAAUAAUUCUUUAGUCAAAUUUAAAUUACCUUUAACCAUAGAAUCAUCUGUAUUGAUUUCAAUAGAUUCUACUUAAUUCUCUUUCUUGCUCUUGUAUCAAGGUAAUGAAAGAAGUUUUAAACAUUCAGUUAUCUCCAAAAAAAAUAGCUAUUAUCUCACUAGAAAAGCAGUAAAUUUUAGUAGGUAUGUUGCUUGUGAGUUUUUAAAAACUUACAUUUGCAACGUAUGGUGAGUUUGGUGGACAAAAGAAAAGUAGAAUUUUAGGCAGGAGCUUGUUAUUUACAUUGAUAUAAAAUGGUCUGGAAUCGAUGUCUACAACAAAUUAACAUAAAAAUUAAAAAAAUUAAAAUUUAUGAAUACAAUUUUAGAUGACUUAUUAAAUGACUUUUAAAUUAUUAUUUUUUUUUUGUAUUUACAUCAGUCGGAUAAUCUUAUCUUCAAGGACAGAAAGCUUAAUAUUGGCCCAGCAGUGAGAAAACAAGUAUGUUAA